CCGGUAAACAGAAGUUCUCUGCUCUGGAGUGAUAAGCUAGCCCCUGAAACAGGAUGUCUGUGUGAUAGUGGGUGAAUGUUUUUCCACUCCAGGACUGUACGUCUCUUGGCAAAGAUUGUGGCAAGAACACGUUAAGCAGGCCAAUGAAAAUUGAUUGACCUAUUGAUUGACCUUUUCAUGUCAUUACCACUUCAACCACAUCCAUCGCUAUCAUGUGAAACGAAUGGCACGAAAUCAAUCAAAAAUGCACUGACCUUAUGACCUGCUGUAAUGAUAAGUUAAUUUACUAUUUCUUUCCAAUAAGCUACAGCCUAAGGUGAGUCCUGUCUUGGGGGUUGUCUAAUCAGACUUGUUUACAGCACGGUAUCCAGGACCUAGUUUUAUUGGUCAGUUAUCUUUUCAGCAUCUCUGGAGUAAGUCCCACACUAUUUAAUGAUUGAUUCCCUUAUGUAACUGACAGGUGGGCUAGCCACAGGACACUGACCACAAUUUUCACAAAAUCAUCAGAAAUUCAUUGUGUAACUGGCAGAUUAUCUGCAGGUCGUUGAGGAAUGGGAGGAUUUUGCACAUCGUCAACAUUUAUUUAGCCUUUCAUAAUAUAAAAUAAACGCCUUUUGUUUUGCGUUCAAGCCUCAGUUUUGGAUGUAUUCCUUUUUUCGACAGUGUGCUGGUCUCGAUCUCUUCCAGCCUUUCAUAAUAUGACAUUUUUUACAUUUCUUAUUUUUUAAAUGUGUUUUUUUGAAACUGGCCAAAAAGGGGGCUUAGUAAGUUGGUACACGUGACUCUUUUAGUUCCUAUCUUAUCCAUUUCAUGGUCUUACAAUGACAACUUACUGUAUUACAAGAAAAACACUGGACUUUGCAUUUCAAUAGAGAAAAGCAAAAGCAAUGCCGUUGUCCACACAUCCCCUUGGUUGGCUUGUUUUGCCACAAACUAUUGUGUAGGCUAUUUGUUAGGUUUUAUUGUGAAUUCCACUGGUCAAUCAUAAAUUUCGCUUUUUUGUCUCCAUGCUGUUUCAGGGUGAGCGACACAGAGACACUGAUUGACUUUUGUUUUUACCCCUCCUUUGUACUUGUUUGUAUGGUCUCUCCUGUUAGUACUGUACAACCCUCACAAACUCCCCUGUCCUGUUGUGUUUUAUUACACAUGUGCAAGGUUCAAAGAUCAGGUUGUGCAUGCCUUUGGGUGGUGGGUCCCUCUGGUAUAAAAACAACCGGCAGACUCUUACAUAGCUACAGUGCUUUCCUUCUGCAACACAUCUCACAUUGGCUUCCUAGACGGACAGUUCACUAGGGAAAGUUGGAAAAUGGAGGCAGUCACGGAUGCCUUUCAGAGCUAUGGGGUGAGCACCACUAAUUACCUCCAGACCAACUAUAAGGAUGCACAGGGUUUGUUCCUAUGGGUGUCCUGGGCUGCUGACCUCAGGAACACCUUCUUCAUCUUCUUCCCCCUUUGGUUCCACCUGCGGGAGUCAGUGGGUAUCAAACUCAUCUGGGUGGCAGUGAUCGGAGACUGGCUCAACCUGGUCUUCAAGUGGAUUCUGUUUGGCGAGAGGCCGUAUUGGUGGGUUCAUGAAACACCUUACUACAGCAAUACCACUGCACCUCACAUUGAACAAUACCCCAUGACCUGUGAGACUGGCCCAGGCAGUCCCUCUGGUCACGCUAUGGGAGCCGCAAGCAUCUACUACACACUGGUCACCUCCAUCCUAGCCAUCAUGCUGACCAAGAAGAAGACGAGAGCUUCCACCAAGGGCAUGUAUCUGCGGGGCACUUUGUGGGCAUUCUUCUGGGCAGUCCAGGUGUGUGUCUGUCUCUCCAGAGUCUUCAUUGCUGCCCACUUCCCCCACCAAGUCGUCUGUGGAGUCAUCACAGGUAUUGUUGUGGCCGAGGCCUUCAACAGAACCCAGUGGAUCUACGGAGCCAGUCUGAAGAAGUACAUCUACACCACCCUCUUUCUGCUCUCCUUCGCUGUUGGCUUCUACGUGCUGCUGAAUUCUCUGGGCGUGGACCUGCUGUGGACCUUGGAAAAAGCCCAGAAGUGGUGUGUGAGGGCUGAAUGGGUCCACAUGGACUCCACUCCCUUCGCCAGCCUCCUGCGCAACAUGGGCACCCUGUUUGGCCUGGGCCUGGGCGUGCACUCGCCCCUCUACACCGAGAGCAAGAAGAACAGCAGCACCCCCUUCAGGGUGGGAUGUAUCGUUACCUCGCUGCUCCUGCUGCACCUCUUUGACUCCUUCAAGCCCCCCACUCACACCGCCGCCCUCUUCUACCUUCUGUCUUUCUGUAAGAGCGCCACUGUCCCCCUGGCAACCGUGAGCAUCAUCCCCUACUGCAUGUCAGGAGCAUUGAGUAGCGUACAGAGCAAGAAGCAUCUGUGAGGUCGUUGACGGCUGACGCACAUAGACUUAUGUAUAUGGAGCUCACUCCAGAAUUGAACAGUGUUCACUGGUGCUUCAAUCUUUAAUCAUUCCAUAUAUUGACCUUCUUCCCAAAUAGCCAAAGAGAUGAACAAUCUAUUGUGGUCUUUGUCUACCAUACAUACAGUCAGUCACUGUAAAUGUCUUAUUUUCCUAUAUACGCUUAGUGUGGACACUGAAAUGAAAGAACUAUCCAGCGUAUUACUCAGAGGCAAUUAAGACACUGAUUUAAUUGUAUUAAAAAAAAAAAUGUAAUUUAGAAGUAGUUCAGUGCGAACUCAGGAGCCCAGAAAGUGAAUGUUUCCUUGCAGUUGCUUUGACUAAACCUCAUUUUGAAAAAAGAUAAAGCAAACUAAAGUCCAGGAGAAUAUGAGCCCAAAACUUUAGUGGCCUGCUUUACAGUGUGUUCUAAGAAAGUAAUAUAUAACAAUGUUCAUAUUUGUUUUGUAACUGUGUUUUUCCUGUUAAAUAUUUUUGGAAAUUGUCAGAUAUUUAUAAUAAAAACCUUUCAAAUACA